AUGUCUGUGGAAGAAGUUACGCAACAAACCCAGGAUUUGAACAUCGAAAAGCCAUCGACGGUUUUGUCGAGUGAAAAGGAAUUCCAAUUGAAGCACCCUUUGAACUCAAAAUGGACCCUUUGGUACACUAAGCCAGCCGUGGACAAGUCUGAAUCGUGGUCAGACCUGCUCCGUCCAGUGACCUCGUUCGAGACUGUUGAGGAGUUCUGGGCCAUUCACAACGCUAUUCCAAAGCCUCGCUAUCUGCCAUUCAAGUCGGAUUAUCAUUUGUUCCGUAACGACAUCAGACCUGAAUGGGAAGACCCAGCCAAUGCCCAAGGUGGUAAAUGGACCCAUCAGUUCUGGAACAAGACACCCGAUAUCGAUGAUCUAUGGAUGCGUGCCCUACUCGCAGUCAUCGGUGAAACCAUUGACGAAGACGACUCUCAAAUCAACGGUGUUGUCAUCAACAUCAGAAAAAGCGCUUAUAAAAUCGCUAUCUGGACAAAGUCGUCGGAUCAGAAGGAGGCUUUGACCAAGAUCGGCUCCAAAUUCAAGACUGUGUUGAAACUAGGCGAUGACACUCAAAUUGAGUUUUUGCCUCACUCCACCGCCUCUGAAAAACACCCUCAACCAUCUCUAGUUUUGUAA